AACACAAAAUUGUAGGGAUUACUGGAAUAACAUAGGAAAAAUAUUGAGGAUAACAUGUUGGAGAAUGAUAAAACAUACGCACAAAUAUAAUAUAUAAUAACAUUACUUGACCAAAAAAAACAUUAUUUCAAACUAAUUUUCUAUAAUUGGGAAAAUGAUUACCUUAUUGAUUUAGUUUUUUUUUUAUUUUCUAAUAAACGGUGAAUUUAAAAUUUUAAAGACUAUUUUAAAUUUUCAUUUUUAAAUAUAUGAUAAUUUUAAUUAUUAUUCUCACGCAUGAUACAUAAAACCAUAUAAUUAAAUAUUUUUUUUAUUUGCAAACUCAUAUAUAUAUAUAUAUAUAUAUACUUCCUAUUGUUAACCAAUACUAAAUUUACAAUAUUUUCUUAAAUUUAAAUCUCAUUGUAUGACUAAAAUGAAAUGUCAAGAUUUUUUAUAUUCUAAUGUCAUGAUCUUCUUUUGAUUUUAUAUCUCUGUCAUGUAGAUUUCUUUCUAUUUAGGUUAGAUGAUACACAUACAUUAAGAUUUUUUGGGUCCACAUUCCAGUUUACACUUGGUGAAAUAGUAUAAAUAACGUUCAAACACAGAAAAAAAUCUACAAUAGUUGUAAACAUGUCAUAAUGUGCUGAAAAAAUCAUAAUAUAUAAAAUGCCAUCGAAUGUAUGAAUGCAUUACGUACCCAACAUUUUACAUCUCUCAACCAAAAUGACCAGAGUAAUGCCGCUACCGCCAUCGGAAACAGAAGGCAAGAGUUUGAAACAACACAUAAUGGUGUUUCCAUAUCCCGCACAAGGCCACUUGCUUCCUCUUCUCGACUUAACCCAUCAACUCUGUCUGCAUGGCGACAUCACUGUCUCAAUCAUCGUAACACCUAAAAACCUUCCUUACCUCUCUCCUCUUCUCACCGCUCAUCCAUCCACCGUGGCCGCCGUCACUUUCCCUUUCCCUCAGAGCCCUUCACUCCCUCCUGGCGUUGAAAACGUCAAAGACAUCGGUCCUUCGGGAAACCCUGUCAUCAUGGCUUCUAUGCGUCAGCUUCGUGAGCCUAUCGUCAACUGGUUAAGUUCUCAUCCCAAUCCUCCGGUCGCUAUCAUCUCUGACUUCUUUCUUGGAUGGACCAACGAUCUCGGUAUCCCUCGCUUCGCUUUCUUUAGCUCUGGAGCAUUCUUAGCUUCCAUACUCCAUUUUUUCUCCGACAAGCUUCAUCUCUUUGAGUCAACUGAGCCGGUCUGUCUCUCGGAUCUUCCUCGUUCUCCUGUUUUCAAGAUAGAACAUCUCCCGUCUUUAGUCCCGCAGUCUCCCUCAUUACAAGAUCUCGAAAGUCAGAGAGACAGCAUGAUGAAUUUCUUGAGCUAUGGUUGUGUUUUCAAUUCUUGUCAGUGUCUGGAAGGGGAGUACAUGGAUUAUGUGAAGCUGAAAACGGGUCAUAACCGGGUUUUCGGGGUUGGACCGCUCUCUUCAGUCGGGUUAGGCAAGGGGAAUUUUGAUUCCAGUGUAGACGUGAAGGCCCUAAUGAGCUGGCUCGAUGGAUGUCUAGAUGGAUCUGUGCUAUACAUCUGCUUUGGAAGCCAAAAAGUGUUGACUAAAGACCAAUGUGAUGCCCUGGCUCUUGCUCUUGAAAAGAGCAUGACCAGGUUUGUUUGGGUGGCCAAGACAGACCCGAUACCCGAUGGGUUCGAGGAUCGGGUCGUGGGUCGAGGAAUGGUAUUUAGAGGGUGGGCUCCUCAGGUGGCUGUGUUGAGUCACGUGGCGGUUGGCGGGUUUUUGAGCCAUUGUGGAUGGAACUCGGUGAUGGAAGCGGUGGCAAGUGGGACCAUGAUCUUAGCUUGGCCUAUGGGGGCAGAUCAGUUUGUGGAUGCAAGGUUGCUUGUGGAGGAUAAGGGUGUGGCUGUUAUAGUUUGUGAAGGGGGUGAUACUGUGCCGAACCCGAAUGAGUUAGGUAGGGUUGUAGCUGAAACAAUGGGUGAAUGCGGACGCAAUGUGCGUGGUCGGGCUAAGGAGAUGGGACAGAUGGUACUAGCUGCGACCAAAGCAGGAGGAAGCUCUGAUGCAGAUUUAGAGAGACUUGUAAUAGAAUUAAGCUGUCUUUAACGAUAAUAAUAUAUGAUGAAAAAGCCUUUCAAGAUGGUCUAUUCAAAUAAAAAUGUAUGUUUCAUCGUUCACAACAUAUUGACUA